AUGGUAGAAAAUAGUGCUAUUGAUGAGAAUGAACAUUUGGAUAACUCCAGAUUGCAUUAUAGCAAUGCAUAUUUGUCUGAGGGUUGGAAGGAAUAUAUUAAUCAUGAAGGUCAGAAGUUUGUGGAUGGGGGAACCGAAUUUCUUAACAAGUUGCGUAAGUAUGCAGUUGGUAUGGGAUUUCGCUUUGUCUAUCAAAGCAAUGAUAAGUUACGUGUUAUUGCUGAUUGUUUUAAAAAGAAAUCAGAUGGAUGUAAGUGGCGUGUAUAUGCUUCACUAUAUCAAGCUAAUGGUUUUUUCUACAUAAGGACUUUAAAUAAUGUUCACACGUGCAUGGGUGUUGGUCGUGAGAAGAAAAGUAAAAUGAUUACGUCAAAGAUGAUAUCUUCUAUUAUUUCUUACUAUAAUGCAUGGUACGCGAAAGAAUUGGCUAAGAGUGAAGUUCAUGGUGAUGAAUCCUUAUCUUAUAGUCAAUUAGUUUGGUAUCGUGAUGCUUUAGUGCCAACCAAUCCUGGAUCAUCUUGUGUUGUGGAGUGUGAUCCAAGGACUUCUUGCUUUCAGAGGCUUUUUGUUUGUUAUGGUGCUUGCAUUGAGGGCUUUCAAUGGUGCAGACCUUUGCUGUUCAUAGAUGAAACUUUUCUGAGAAGCAAGCAUAAAGGGCAGCUAAUUGGUGCCACGGGGAAGAAUGGAAACCAAGGAUUUUUCCCCUUUGCUUUUGCUAUUAUGGACUCAGAAAACAAGGAAAACUGGAGCUGGUUCUUUGAAAAUUUAGCUAAAGUUUUGACUCCACAAGGUAGGACCAUUACAUUUGUAUCUGAUCAUAACAAAGAUGUGAUUGAAGCUGUUUCAAACAUAUUUCCAACAUCCCAUCAUGCAUUUUGUUUGAACCAUUUGAAAGAGAAACUUGGAUCUAAAUAUCCCCCUACAAAUGGUAAAUUGUUCCGGGAUGGAAUUGUUGAACUUUUUAUGAAAUGUGCUCAUGCUCCAACGGAAGCUGCUUUUGAGUUUAAUAUGAGAAAUUUAAAAGAAGAAGGUGGGGCUCCAGUUCAGACUUUUUUAGAUAAUCUUCCUAAAGAGAAUUGGUCAUCUGCUCAUUUUAAGGGCAAUCGAUAUGGUGAAAUGUGUAAGAAUGUUUCUGAAUAAUUUCAUUCUUGGAUUUUGGAGCUAUGUGCGUUGCCUAUCUGUCAAAUGCUUGAGGGCAUCAGGAUUAAACUCAUGGUCAUGGUGUCUGAAAGAAGUUGUGAAGCGGGGCAGUGGUGUUCUGUUUUAUGUCCUGAGAUGGAGAAAACCUUGAGUGAAAUGUUGAUUGUAGGUCAGUGUUGGAAUGCUAGCCGUUCCAGUGCUUCUGUCUUUGAGGUUCAUGCUGAAGUUUUUGUUAUGGUUGAUUUGGUUAAUCAUUUUUGCUCCUGU